ACGACGCCGUAAAUUCAUUGCCUUCAUGUCUUCCAUGCAACCCAAUCUGAACGCCACGCAAAACUGGGAUAACCUUCCCGAGACAUCGAGGAAUGGGAGUCUGAUCUCAUGGAAGAAUAUCCGAGCCUCUUCGCCGACUCCGAGAUAAAGAAAUGGGGGAUAUUGUGCGGAAGAGGAUGGGAAGGACUCAUUCGCCAGAUUUGCGAGAAGCUCAAAGAAACUGACGUCAUCUUCACACAAAUCAAGGAGAAGUAUGGUGAGCUGAGAAUAUCCGUGGAAAAUGGAGAUGAGGAGAUUUGGAAGUAUCUGCUAGAGAUGGAAGAGAAGGCGAUGAAGAUAUGCGAGGAAUGCGGUGGACCGGGUAACUUGGCUGAUUCAGAUGGGUGGUUGUUUACUAUGUGUGAGGAAUGUGCAAAGAGGGAAGCGCAGGAGUAUACGUGGGUGGAAGAAGUGCAGCAAGAGACGAUGGUCCUUGAGCUUGACAAGUUUUGCAGGACAGUCCUGAGGAACAAUGAUAUCUGACAGCUUUUGUGGGAUAGUUCUGGGGAGCGAUGUCACUCAACGCGUCCAUGAGUACCAAUACUGCAGAGAACGUACAUAAUUUGUGUCGUAGUCUUUCUCGUCCAUUCUCCAUCGUCGCCCUAUUUACACUGUUUGAAAACUCAUUUUUGUCACAUAGUGCUAGGGUCUGCCAUACGGUGAUGAAGGAAAUAUUGCUUCUACAACACAUCAGCUUGGGCAUAGCAUUGUAAUAUGGAAAGUGGGUAA